AUGAGUACGUCACAAGAACGGUUUGAAGAACAGUUUCAUCAACUGCUGAUCGAGUCUGACGAAGAAAGCGAACGUCAUCAGGAUGAGACCGCAGACGAAUUGCAUCUACAAGACGAGGAUCCUGACUUUGAAAGUGAAUUAGAAUCUGGUGAUGAACCUGAAAUGUCCUGGUCAACAACUACAUCAGCUCAAGACCGACGGAUUUAA